ACGUUGUUGGUUUCGUUCUUCUGCCCGGCUCGCUAUGCUGUCAUCUAGAACGGCAUUUGUCGCCGUCAGACAACUUCCAAAAUGCCAGAAACUUGCAGCAUGUUUAGUCAAGAAUAUGCCAAGGUUGUUGAGUACCAGCUCACAGCUUCGGGCAGGGACUCCAGAGUUCUCCAGCAUUCUGGAAGAACGGAUUUUGGGCCAGACAGUGCAGACGAACCUCGAGGAGACUGGGCGCGUUCUCAGUAUUGGUGAUGGUAUCGCUCGUGUUUAUGGUCUGAAGAAUAUCCAAGCGGAAGAGAUGGUAGAAUUUUCUUCUGGCCUCAAGGGUAUGGCGCUCAACUUGGAAGCGGAUAAUGUCGGUGUCGUCGUAUUUGGGAAUGACAAACUGAUCAAGGAGGGCGAUGUUGUUAAACGCGCAGGUGCCAUCGUGGAUGUACCCGUCGGUGAAGAGCUUCUGGGACGUGUGGUUGAUGCCCUUGGAACACCUAUUGAUGGACUUGGUGCGAUCAACACAAAAGCGCGCCAGCGUGUUGGUGUCAAGGCACCUGGAAUCAUCCCUCGUAUUUCAGUCCGCGAACCCAUGCAAACUGGCAUCAAAGCCGUUGAUAGCUUGGUACCUAUCGGACGUGGGCAGCGUGAGCUUAUUAUAGGUGAUCGACAGACUGGAAAAACAGCUAUUGCUAUUGAUACCAUUAUCAACCAGAAGCGGUUCAACGAAUCUGCUGACGAGAAGAAAAAACUUUACUGUAUAUAUGUCGCCAUUGGACAGAAAAGGUCAACGGUUGCCCAACUGGUCAAACGCCUGACUGAUGCAGACGCCAUGAAAUAUACAAUAAUCGUCUCGGCAACUGCUUCGGAUGCUGCGCCGCUACAAUAUCUGGCACCUUACUCUGGUUGUGCCAUGGGAGAGUAUUUCCGUGACAAUGGAAAACAUGCACUUAUAAUUUAUGACGAUUUGUCCAAGCAGGCCGUUGCCUAUCGUCAAAUGUCACUGCUGCUGCGACGACCCCCAGGACGAGAGGCAUAUCCUGGGGAUGUGUUUUAUUUGCAUUCACGUUUGCUAGAACGUGCGGCGAAAAUGAAUGAUGCUUACGGUGGUGGUUCCCUGACUGCCCUUCCUGUAAUAGAAACUCAGGCUGGUGAUGUGUCUGCAUAUAUCCCGACGAACGUCAUUUCAAUUACUGAUGGACAAAUUUUCUUGGAGACUGAGCUGUUCCACAAGGGUAUCCGACCAGCUAUCAAUGUUGGACUAUCUGUCAGUCGUGUCGGUUCUGCUGCACAGACUAAAGCCAUGAAACAGGUUGCUGGCAGGAUGAAAUUAGAGUUGGCCCAAUAUCGUGAAGUCGCGGCUUUCGCUCAGUUCGGCUCAGAUCUGGACGCCGCCACCCAGUUGCAGCUGAAUCGUGGUGUUCGUCUGACAGAAUUGCUAAAGCAAGGCCAAUACGUUCCCAUGGCCAUUGAGCAACAAGUUGUGGUCAUUUAUGCAGGCGUUCGCGGGUACCUCGACAAACUCGAUCCUUCAAAGAUCACCCAGUUUGAACAGGAUUUCCUCAAAUUCGUCCUAGCAAACCACCAGGAUCUCCUAAAGACAAUUCGCGAAGAAGGUGAAUUAAAACCAGCAACAGACGAGAAGCUCAAGAAGAUAGUUUUGGAUUUCCUUGCCGGCUAUCAACCGUAA